AUGGAGGCCCAGCGGCGGUGUCGCUCCUGGAUCGUGCGCGCGGUGGUUCUGGCAGCCUUAGCGGCGACAGCACGCAGCCAGAGUGUGGCCCUGGAAAAUGCUGGUUGCGACUGCUCGGACAUCGACCCCCGCGUAGCUCACGAUGGGCCUCCAAUAGAAGGCAACUGCAUCUUGCAGCGGGAAUGGGGCCAGUGCGCCGAGCCCUUUCUCCUCGACACCAUUGAGGAAAUCCCUGAAGGGUAUUGCCAGAUCACAUGUGGUAGAUGCGACUGCUGCAAGACGUACAGAGAGCUUGCGUUGGAGGAGGGCUUUUUGGAGUUCGUGAGCGCAAUGGACGCUGCGGAGCUGGGCGACGUGUUGGACAACCCAGGGUUCAUGGCAUCGCUCCUGGUGCCUCCGGAAGGGUCAAUUGCCGAAUGGCUGAAACUGCCAAGCACAGGGCAGAUCAGUGCUGUGACAAUCAGCGCAGCUGACAAGGCCAACCUCCAGGGCAUGUUGAAGAUUCACGUCGUGAUGCCCGAAGUCCGCGCCAAUGCGCCGUGGACGACGCCUUUCUUCCUGGAUGGCGUGCAUAUGAUGACCAUGGAAGGCCGGGCUCUGGCAGUGAGGGACAAGGGUGGGCAAGUUGUGAUCCACAACGGGAAGUCCAGCAAAGUGCACCUGCUUGGAGGGGACAAGGAGGCGUGCAAGGGCUUCAUACACUUCGUAGAUGGCGUCCUCACCCCCGACGCCAAGGGCAUCCCCGGAUCGAAAGUUCCUGCCAUCGACGAUAUUCCGGAGCACAUUGCCAACCCACCGAAGUCCGACGUGCACGGCCUGCCCUCGCUGCCAGCAUGGCCGGCGCGCCUCGGGCCCUUCGGAUUUUGGGACACCGUGAACCCCGUCGCCCAGCCGCAGGCGCCCUUAAGAAGCCCCACCCCUCCCAGCCCCGAAGUCUCCCUGGGCGUGCCCUCCGACGUCCCUUCCAAUGACGCCCCCUCGGACGCCCUCUUCGUCGUCGCGGCCGACGAACCGCCCUCGGACGCCAGCCUCUUCGGUCCGCCGACGCCCUCGGACGCCAGUGUCUUUGGCGACGGCGUCAUCGGAUAG